UCGAAAUAAAUGGGUGAAUAAGUGGAAUCAUGUGAAAAUAUAAAUUUAAAAUAUAUAUAAUACAGUUUUGCAUUUACAAGGUGGUGUUUAUUGUAAUAAAAAGGUUAUCGGUAAAUAGAGUUCAGUAAUAUUCAAAAGAUAUACAUUCGAAAAAUGUACAAAUUUGUUGGUAAAUGUACAAUACCAAGUAGUUUACUAAAAUUGCGUCAGUUGUCCGCAACAUUACGACAGAUUGACUUCAAUUCACCCCAGAAACAAGUUAAAGUCGAAUUUCAAAAUCUAAUUUCACGAAGUUUGUAUAACACAAACUGUCUUGAAUCUCCAAGUAAACGUACAAAACUUGAACUGAAAAGGCGUCUGAAAGCCGAACAAAAAGCCAAGGAAAAAGCGGAAAAGGAGGCGCAAAAGGCCGCUGCUGCCGUAGCAAAUGCUGACAACAAUGUUCCUAAAAAGAAGUCAGCGGCAGUGUCAGAAGAAGAAAUUUCACCAAAUGAGUAUUUCAAACUACGUUCGGCUGCUGUUGCCGAAUUAAAAAAAUCCCCAGAAACUGAUCCAUACCCUCAUAAGUUUAACGUUAGCAUUUCAUUGGAAGAUUUCAUCAAAAAAUAUGAAACCCUAAAAGAUGGUGAAAUGCUUCAAGAUGUUUCACUGAGUGUUGCUGGUCGUGUACAUGCGAUACGAGAAUCUGGCGUAAAACUAGUAUUCUAUGAUUUGCGUGGAGAGGGUGUUAAAUUGCAAGUGAUGGCCAAUGCAAAAUUGUAUCACAAUGAAAGUGCUUUUGAACCUGAUACUUCCAAAUUACGACGUGGUGAUAUUAUUGGUAUUAACGGUUAUCCUGGUAAGACUAAAAAGGGCGAGCUCUCUGUAGUGCCAAAAGAGAUAAAACUACUGUCACCAUGUUUGCACAUGUUGCCCCAUUUGCACUACGGCCUCAAAGAUAAAGAGACACGUUAUCGACAAAGAUAUUUGGAUUUGAUCCUGAAUCCAAAAGUACGGGAAAUCUUCCAAAUUCGUGCAAACGUUGUCUCAUUUGUGCGACAAUUUCUAGAUCGCAUGGGUUUCCUUGAAGUAGAAACGCCUAUGAUGAAUAUGAUUGCAGGCGGUGCAACUGCAAAACCCUUCAUAACGCAUCACAAUGAUUUGAAUAUGGAUUUGUAUAUGCGUGUAGCACCCGAAUUGUAUCACAAAAUUUUAGUAGUUGGUGGCAUAGAUCGUGUCUAUGAAAUCGGUCGUCAGUUCAGAAACGAAGGCAUUGAUUUAACGCAUAAUCCUGAAUUCACCACGUGCGAAUUCUAUAUGGCUUAUGCCGAUUUUAAUGAUCUAAUUGAAAUCACUGAGAAAAUGAUAUCAGGAAUGGUAAAAGCCAUACAUGGUACAUUUAAAAUUAAAUAUCAUCCUGAAGGGCCCGAAGGACCCGAAGAGGAAAUCGAUUUUACACCACCAUUUAAGCGUGUUUCGAUGAUAAAGACAUUGGAAGAAAAGCUAAAUGUCAAAUUUCCACCAGCAACAGAAUUUAACAAAAAAUCAACAACUGAAUUCCUCUCUCAACUUUGCGUCAAACAUCAAGUUGAAUGUCCAGCACCACGUACAACAGCACGUCUGCUUGAUAAGUUGGUCGGUGAAUUUAUUGAAGAGACAUGUAUAAAUCCAACCUUUAUCUGUGAGCAUCCGCAAAUAAUGUCGCCAUUAGCUAAAUACCAUCGUAGUGAGCCAGGAUUAACGGAACGUUUUGAGUUGUUCAUCAUGAAGAAAGAAGUGUGUAAUGCGUAUACAGAGUUGAAUGAUCCGGUGGUGCAACGUGAACGAUUUGCACAGCAGGCUAGUGAUAAGGCAGCAGGCGAUGAUGAAGCCCAACUGAUUGACGAAAACUUCUGUACGGCGCUGGAAUAUGGCCUACCACCAACUGGUGGUUGGGGUUUGGGUAUCGAUCGCUUAACAAUGUUCCUCACCGAUACCAACAACAUUAAGGAAGUACUCUUCUUCCCUGCUAUGAAGCCUGAAGAAGCUAACAGAACGCAACCGCCUACAAGUGAAGGUGAAAAAGUUAACGAGAAGCAAUAAAACCGGAUUUCUAAUGGAUUUCUAAUUGAAACACUUGCUAGUUUUUGAUAAAGUUGAUAAAGCAAAUACAAUUCUCAGAAAAAAAUAAAAUAUUUAUUUGCCCCUUAAA